GCAAAGAAAAUAAAAACAAAAGAAAGAGAGGAAGAGAGUGAGAGUGAGGGUGUGAGUCGGCCGUCGCAAGGAAGAGAGGAAGUUCGCCGGCGAAAGGACCUCGGCGGCAUCGCCGCUCCUUGCCGGAGAAAAAGACCCGGUUGUACGCCGGACUAGUUCACGCCAGAGGAAGUGGAGAAGCUAGAGUUUCUGCCACAGGACCUGACUGCUGCCGCUGAACGUCACAGCAACCCCCCAACCAGUCACCGUGGAGGAGGAGCUCGCCGGAGUGGAAACUCGUCUGCCGGACGGAAGAAGGAAGCUGCCGGCCGCCUGCCACGGUACGACAUCGUUAUUUUCGCCGGAGUCCGCUGAAACUUCUGUGCGGAGGAGGAGGACAUCAUAUUGUCGCUCGUAUUGUCUCUACUCCCUGCAUCGCCAGAACUGUUUUUGCGGAGAAGACGACGAAGCAAGGUGAUUUUGGUGAAGAUCGAGGUAGAAGCUUCGGUUAGGAUUUACUGCAACUCGAGGUAAGUACUAUGUCAACCAAGUUUCAUGCUUUUCCCAUAUAAAUUUAUUUUUGACUAGUUAUUUGAGAUCAUUUGAGUAUAUGAUAGUUAAUGAGAUUUUACGUAUCAAUUGUGAUUGUGAAUUAUAUAUAUUCGAGAUUUGAGUAUUUUUAUAUUGGGUGAUAUAACAUAUGAAUUGUUAUUGGAUUGAGAUUUGAGAUUUGAGCUAUUUAUGAAGUAUCUUAUAUUUUGGACUAUUUAUGGUAUAUUUGAGUAUGAUGAGUUGGAGUUAAUAAUUUCAUUAUGAAUAAUUUGGUGGAAUUUGGAUUUCAUAUCCAUUUUGAUUGAGGUUAUGAUAUUGGAACUUUGAGAUUGAAUUAUGAUUUUGAGUACUCGGAGAAAUGUGGAUUUGGUGAGUGGUAAUGGCUAUAAGUCUAAUUCCACCAGGGAUCUCCCAAAAGUGGAGCAUCCCAGCUUAAUUGUAGUAGUCGGUAGAAAAAUCCUGACUACUCGGACUUUUUACUACCCGGAGAGCUUGGAAUCUCUUUCAGGGGGUGUGCACACUUAAGGUAGGAGUUCGACUUCCAUUGGAUUGGAUUGAGUUUGAAUGAUUGGAUUACGUUUGGAUUUAAUUGGACUUUGAUUCCAUUGGUAUUGAGGUGACUUGGCUUUGAGGCUUUGAGGUGAUUUGGAUCAUUUGGUUGGACUUGAUUGAGGUGAAUUGAAUUAUAUUACAUUGGAUUAUUUGAGCGUGUUAUAUUUUUUUUUUGGAUUGGAUUGAAUUUGAGAUGGUUGAGGUUAUUAAAUUAUUUAUGGAUUUCAAAAGUAAUACUUUUGGAUUUGAUUAAAUAUAAGUACCUAUAUUUGGAAUAUUAUUAUUAUUUUACAUGUGAUUUGUGAUGAGAAGUUUGUAUAAAUGGUUUUAUAAGGUUUCCUCCCAAAUGUUUUCACAAAAUGAUAUAUGUAUCAAACAUGAUUAUUUUACAGGGUUGGGUGGGCCUUACUUAGCAUUUCCAGCUAAUUUUUGUUUCUUUGGGUUUUUCUUUCUGUACUUUAUUUGUGCAGGAAUUGAGGAUCAUGUUGAAGUUGAUUUCGAGAGCUUCCGCUAGAACACAUAGACUAAAGUGAUUUGAGUAAUUUAUUUUAGUCUUAAUUUUAAAGAAUUGUAGUUGAACAAUUAAUUAAUUAAAAUUUUAAUUGUUGGUGGUGGAUAAGCCUGUGCACUCGGUUAUGAGAGAACCGAGUGUGGCGGUAACGCCCCAUUUUCCCUUUGAAUUUUCCGCUGCAUAAUUCUGAUAAAUCAUUAUUUAAAUGUAUUUUUGGGUGGGAAAUUUGGGGGUGUUACAGUCAUCUCUUCUAUAGUCUCUUCUGUUGAUCAAUUGAAGAUAUCUGAUGCUCAGCAGACAGCGCAGCUCAACAGAAUUGAGACCCUCUGUUCUGACAACAAAAAGGCUGUUGACAGCUUUAUUCAAUUGGAUAAAGACCGAUACAAUAAGCUGAUCCAACUUGAAAGCCAUACUCAGACCAUAGCUAAUGAUGUUGAGAAACAGAAGAAGCUUCUUGACUCCCUGGCUGAAGUUACCACUGUUAUUCCUACUGCUAUCGAAGACUUAGGCAAAGCUCAUGCCUCUGAAUUUGAGAAAAUCAGCCUCCUUCUUCAAGAUCUGAAUGAUGCCAAAAGGGGGGAAGAGAACCCUCAGUCUCAGCACCCCUCUCAACAGUUGCAGCUUGCCAGAACAACUCCAGGCCCUACACCUGACCCUACACCUUACUUUGAACAGCUUAGACUCAAGAAGAAAGCUGUUACUGGCUCCUCUGCACAGCCAUCUAUUCCCGCCCCUCUGAAGAAAGGUACUAAGAAGAAGGCCCUGACCUUCUUAGAUUGGAGAAAGGAAGGCUCUCUGAAGAUCACAAAAGAGCAAUUUGAAGAAAUGAAGCAAAAGAUGACUCCCACACAGCAGCAACAUCUCUAUCUUGACAAUGAUGGCCGUGUGAAAGUCAGAUAUGGCGGAUCCUUAGAAGAAGCAGAAUACUGGUUUAAGAAGAACGUCCUCCCUGGGAAAGAUGUCCAUGAAGGUAUUCUAAACUAUCUAAACUGCAAACUCCCCCCUAUCUGGGCCUCAUGUCAGACACCUGGAAACCUCAGUGGGAUCAGAGUAGAAGUGAAUAAAGAAUUGAAAAGGCUACAAGAACUGGAAGAUGAAGCUAUGGCUGCGGCAACAAGGGAAAAUCUGUAAGGAAAUACCCUUGUAAUCCUUAUGUCAAUAAAAGAACUUCUAUGCCUUUCACUUUGUAAGGCAAUUCAUUCCUACCUGUUCUUAAUUUCCUUUAUGCAUGUUUAUUUUCUCUAUUUUUAUUGCUAUCUGUAUGUACCGUACUCUUACUAUUUUCCUAUGCUAAGAUGCUCACCAAGAUUCUAAUGAAAAUGUUAUACUUUAAAUCUUUUAUGGUGAAGGCACUUCUCUGGAAAUAGUUAAAGGAUUUUGGCAUCAUCAAAAAGGGGGAAAUUGUAAGGAAUAAUUGUAUUUAGAUUUUGAUGAUGCUAGAUUAAUUAGAACUUUAGAGUACCCCCAUUAGAAUUAAUGUAUUAGAAUUUUUCUAAGUAUAAACUUUUUAGAAUAGUCGACAAACAGAAGACCCUCAAGCCCUCUGAUUAGAUGUUUGCAUCUCAGAAGUACUCAAGAUAUUCUGGACAGAAAGACCUCAUGGCCCUCUGUGAUCUGCCCCUCUGUCAACUAAUUCCAAUAGAAGUGCUCAAGACCUUCUCCUGUUACCCUUCGGUUAAGAACAUCAGAAGGCCUAACACUUAGAGAUUUACUGAAUCCAACUAUGCCGGUAAAAUCAACGGAAGAUUCUCUCAACGGCUAGCUCAUACUCAACGGAAAUGCUACAGGACUGCAUUUAAUGCUCAUUUAAUGAGCUUCAUACUCCGAAGAGUAAAAGCUAAUGAUUGACCGAGAUUCUUGGAAAGCCUAUCCCAAAAUAGCAAGCCGCCAAACUUGUGGGCCCAGCCGGUCAACUCAAACUGUACGCGCAUUUAAUACAGUUGUCUCCUCCUCCAACGGGAAGACAACCUCAGUAUAAAAGAUACUAUUCGAAGAACAACCGAGUAACUUUUGCCACAACGUGUGCUCUAAUUACAAAAAGCCUUCUUAAGAUUCAACACUCCAACUCCAUCAACAAGAAAGGCCUACGUUGGGAAGAUCAUAAGUUCAUAUAUUCUUCAUCACCAACAAGGGCGAAGUUCCUAUUGUUCUUCAACUCUUCAAGCACCUCAUUACAAAUCUAUUGUGACGAAGCAAGUUGGAGAAAACUCUGUUUUCAACAGAACAUCUUCUUCAAGGAGACUCAGUGAAACAAGACCAGUCUUAAAGGAAGCAAAGAAGUGCAUCCCAGGAGACAUCUAGACUUUAAGAAGACGUGGAGAGCUUCUUGAGUUCUAGGGACUAAGGCGUUGUAAUCGUUGUUUUACAAGCUUAGUGGAACAGUGGAUUAGAGGAACGAGUUGUUCCUUGAACCACUAUAAAAAUCCCUGGUGUCAUUUACUUACUGCUUUUAUUUCCUGCAAA